AACAGCGAGUCAGCGAAAGCACGUAGAAAAUUUCAAGUCAAAAUACUUGCCUCAAACAUUGUGCGUAUAAUUCGAGUUAAUGCGCACAUUUCACCGAAGAAUAUUCGCAGUAUUUUAAACAAACGAGACGCGUGCUAACCAUAAUAUUAUUAUCAUUCAGAGUUUGUUUAUAUCCAUUAUAGUAAAUUCCUAUUUUAUUUAUUCGUAGUCUCAUUUUGAAAACGGUUGUUGUAUGUAGUAAAAACAUCAAGUCGUGCAGAAGUUUGAACAUUUUAAUCGAUAACGAUAACCCAAAUUGAAUGUAAAAAUAAUCGAGCAUGUUUUAUGUUAGUGAAAUAUUUCGGUGGCAACAUAAAGUUUUAAUUAGACACAUUUGAUAGACAUAGACGAUAAGCAAAAUAGUUUCAAAAUAAAAAUGAAAUAAUUGUAAGACUAAUUGCGCACAAAGUUAUUUAAAACACACUGCCAGGACAAUGUUCCAAAACUUGGCCAACUAUUUGCUGGGCUCUGUACUGAAUCAAGACCAAGGAGCAACGGCAGAAGGGGUCGAAAAUCUCAGCAACGUAAGAUUACGAUCCGAAGACAAGGAGGACGACUGGGUGCUGGUCGACAGGGAUAGCGAAGGGAACUCCGAUACUUGUUCCGUAGAAAGUCUCGACGAUGUGGAAGAUGAAGCAGACGAAGUACCCCGCACGCGAGUUCUCACGCGAACGAGUUCGACGUCCUCGCUACCCUGCGGCUCCAACAUGGAGGAGUCGUGGUUCGUCACCCCGCCUCCUUGUUUCACCUCCGCAGGACCGAUACACAUGGAGACGUCGCCGCUGGAAAACCUACUCAUCGAACAUCCCAGCAUGAGCGUCUACCACAUUCAUCCUGGCAGGAGGCAUUUCACGGUUACGAUUCCCAUCAGGUCUUCUUCUUCUGCUUCGCACGUAAGCAACGACGAAGACGAAUUAGAAGUCGAAGAAGAGAACGUGGAGGGUCAAGCUGUAGCAAUGGUAAACAGGGUACCCCGAUUGAAUCGCUUGCAAGUUAUGCAGCAACAAGAAACACAACGUCACAAGAGCAAACGAGCUCAAAAGGUCCAAAUGCAGAAGGCUUGCCAAGCCAUCAAGAGGAGUAACCUUGAAAGAAACAAUAAGGCUCGUGAAGUAAACAGUCGCAAUCGUCGACAAAGGCGGGGAGAACGUUCGCAGGGUGCUACCCGUUCUUACGCCAACAACAAUCGCAAGUGCUAAACGCACUUUCGUAACAUGAUCUCUUUUGCAACGUCUGACGGCAACAAUUUCCAGGUUCUAUAUUGGAAAAAUAAAAAUCAUUCUGGAUUUUCAUUAUGUAUCCGUUUCUAAGCAAAGGGAAUAUUGAUUAAAAAUCCCUUUUUGAUUGUAUAUAUUUUUUUUUGUCGAAGGUCUGGAAUGAGACAUUAUAGUAUUAAAUUCUCAAAAAUAGCACGUGUGAUCAAUAAAUUUUUACCAAAGCACCGUGUUGUGUUCAAAUGAUUUGAGAAACUUUUAGUUAAGAAAUUCGCCCCGCCGUCAAGCGUUGCAAACAUUUUUUUUUUUAUUAAAUUAUGAUUACGUCUUUCACCUUAAUUUAAUUUUUAUAAUGUUGAAUCACAUCACAUAAAGGCUUUGGGUAUGGUUUGCCGAUUGCUGGGCAUUUAGAAUCAAAGUGAUUAAUUUCUGGCCAGUUGGUUGCCUACGUGAUGUGAUUUUAAUUCCUGUAGAUAUGGAUAUAUUUUUAUUAAUAAUUUUAGUGAGACGACUAUAUAAAAAAAUAAUUUAUUUUUGUUGAUUAUUACACCUGGCAAUUUAUUUUUUAUUAAUAGGGAAUAAUUAAAAUGAUCAUGAACGUCUUAAGUGUGAAGUUUAAUGUCUUGGGACGUUUUUGAUCAACAAAAAAAGUUACUGACAAUACAUUCUGCGAGAUCAUAUCCCAAAAUAGCGCUACCGUGUUGGCCAAAUUAUGCAUAUCUAUACUGUAAGCUUAUAUUCAAUACCUGGUUAAAAAUGUCGAUAUUUAAAAAAAAAAGUGAUAUAUAAAAAGGUAAUCUGGCAAGGCAGUAUUGACAAAGGGAAAAACAAUAAUUUUGUUACAUAACAAAAUAAAUAGAGCUUGAUUUACUAAUUUAGAUUAUUCAGAAUAGCUUUGAUGCUAUUCUAUAAUAGAUGUAUCUAUUAUUAUGGCUUAUAAAUAAAAAAUAAUAAAGUAAAAAAAAAAUAAUAAAUAGGAACACUGGUAUUCACCAAUUUGUAAAUAAAUAGUAUUAGUUUGUGACCAAAAAAAUGUGAAAAUUAUAAAAAAUAAUUGUAUUUCUUAGUUGUAAACUGGUUUAAAAUGAUAAGGCUACAUAUCGCCAACUUAUUUCGUAUCUUUGGAGACAAAUAUUAUUUCAUUUUUGGCAUUAUUUAAGACGAGAAAUACAAUCAAUCCAAAAUACUUUCUCAUCUCUAAGGCCGGCGACUGACUGAAGAAAUAAGUUUCAUAGAACUUGUGACUGAAGCAAAUUAUGUGAAUUUUUGUUUCAUAUUAACGCACACUGUUAAAACUUGCUUUGAGUGACUAGUUUCGCUUACUAUGUGGUCGGAUGAAAAGGUACUUUUGUUGUGGGUAAACCGCUCAAAUAAAUUGAAAGCAAAGAUGAAACGACGAUUUUGGGUGCAUCCAGCCAACAUUAAUAACUUUCAGUACUAGUUUUGUUGGUAUAGAACUGUGGCAACAUCCUGAGAAAUUUGUGUUGCAUUCAUUUCCUUUAACGCCUUUUCCCAUGCUGCACCAACAACCUCACAACUGUAUUCUGGUAGAAGAAAUUUAUAAAAACAUGGAUGAUUAUUCCAGUUUUUACUAACUUAAUUUCAAAAUUAUUAUUGUUUUUCGGCAUUUUUACACUUUCCAGUACAAAAACUUAUGAAUAAUAUAAGAAACAUAUAUUGAAAC